AUGGAAGGUCAUAGUGACAUGAAUGAGAGAAAAGAAAGUUUGAUUAAUGUUGUGAUAGGAGGAUCUGGAGAGGAAGAAAUAGAGAGAAGUUCUAUCGGUGACAACAUAACUGGUGGUGCAUCUGUAGAUGAACGUGGUGAAUCAUCAUCGAAGAGGAAGAAACCCAUUAGGCAUAAUGCCGAUCAGAUUCAAGAGCUUGAAUUGUUUUUCAAAAAGAAUUCACUUCCUAACAAAAAAGUACGACUAGAACUUGCAACAAAAUUAUCCAUGGACAUCAACCAGUUGCAAUUGGAAUUGUACGAAAAUAAGACUCUAAAGCAAGAAAAUGACAAGCUUCGCAUAGAGAAUAUUGUAAUGAAGGAAGCCCUAAAAAAUUCAAUUCGUGACAAUUUUAAAGAAAACAUUGAUGAGAAUCAAAUAAAGAUUGAGCAUGACCAAUUGGAAGAUGAAGUUAAAUGGCUUACCGCCCAAGCGUACAAAUCAAGCUUAUUUAAUAAAGAUGUAGUGCAGGAUAAGAUGGUGUUAUUGAAUCUUGCUAUGGAUGCCUUGAAUGAGCUUUUUAGGCUGUAUGAGAAUGAUAAACCUCUUUGGGUAAGCAGUUUGGAUGGAGGUGGAGAAACAUUAAAUAUUAAGGAAUAUGCUCGAUUGUUUACCCUAUUAAUUGGCACGAAACCUGAGCAUUUCACAACGGAAGCCACAACGGCAUCAGGUACAGUGGCUGACACCAGUUUGGCAUUGGUGAAUACACUAAUGGAUAAGAGGGAGUGGGUAGAGAUGUUUCCAUGCAUUGUUGGAAAAAUAUAUACUACUGAUGUGAUUUCCACUGGCAUAGGUGGAAAUAAGAGCGGUUCUCUGUUAUUGAUUAAAACCGAAUUGCAAAUCAUUUCUGACCUAGUUUAUGUUCGCGAAGUACAAUUUCUUCACUUCUGUAAGAAACAUGCUGAAGGUGUCUGGGCUAUCGUCGAUGUGUCUGUUACUUGGAUUGAGCACAUGGAAUAUAAUGAAAAUCUUGUCCACGAUUGGUAUCGCCCUUUGAUAAAGACUGGUCUGGGAUUUGGUGCUCAAAGGUGGAUGGCUACUUUGCAAAGACAAUAUCAGUUCUUGAAAGUGAUGAAGUCAAUUAUUGAUCCCAUUGCUUUAUUUGUGGCAGUUGAUUUAAGUGGUGAGAGAGGUGAUGAUUCUGGUGCUAAUCGAGUGGUUUUGCAAGAUACUUGCAUGGAUGCAACUGGAUCUCUUUUGGUUUAUGCUACAAUUGAUUCACAAGAAAUUAAUACCGUGAUGAAAGGGGGAGACUCUUCUUGUGUGACUCUCUUCUCAAAUGGAAUAACAAUAGUCCUGGAUUGUUUUCAAGAUUUUUUUACAACUAAUAACUAUAAUGUUAUUUCUGGGGAGAUGAAUAAUGGGUUCGGUGGUGGAUCGUUGAUGACUACCAACUUUCAAAUUGUGGGGAACAUCUUUCCAGCUACAACUCUUUCUAUGGAGUUGGUCAAAGAAGCAAAUGCACUCACAAACAAUUCAUAA